AUGACGAAGACGCAUGAUUCUCACUACACGCUGAUUGAUCAGACGCAUGAUUCUCACUACACGCUGAUUGAUCAGACGCAUGAUUCUCACUACACGCUGAUUGAUCAGACGCAUGAUUCUCACUACACGCUGAUUGAUCAGACGCAUGAUUCUCACUACAUGCUGAUUGAUCAGACGCAUGAUUCUCACUACACGCCGAUUGUUCAGACGCAUGAUUCUCACUACACGCUGAUUGAUAAGACGCAUGAUUCUCAAUACACGCUGAUUGAUCAGACGCAUGAUUCUCACUACACGCUGAUUGAUCAGACGCAUGAUUCUCACUACACGCUGAUUGACAUGACGCAUGAUUCUCACUACACGCUGAUUGAUCAGAAGCAUGAUUCUCACUACACGCUGAUUAUUCAGACGCAUGAUUCUCACUACACGCUGAUUGAUCAGACGCAUGAUUCUCACUACACGCUGAUUGAUCAGACGCAUGAUUCUCACUACACGCUGAUUGAUCAGACGCAUGAUUCUCACUACAUGCUGAUUGAUCAGACACAUGAUUCUCACUACACGCUGACUGAUCAGACACCUGAUUCUCACUACACGCUUAUUGAUCAGACGCAUGAUUCUCACUACACGCCUUAUUAA